AUGGCUGAGUUAGAUGAAGAAGCAAAUUCAAUAAAAUCAAAAGUUAAAGGAUCAAAAGUAUUUGGUAAUAUGAUCGGAGCAGGAAUUAGUGAUGAUGAAGACGAUGAUGAUAAUAAUGAUGAUGAUGAAGAGAAGGACGAUGAAGAAAAUGAUAUUUUUUAUGCAGAUGAAGAUGCUGCUGAUGACGGCGAUAAUAUCCCAUAUCGCAAUAAAAGUGAGAAAUCAGCAUCUGAGCGAAGCAAUGAGAAUGAUAAGAAGUUGGACAUUAGCAGCGAGGAUGAUUUCUGA